CAGCCCCCUUCUCCAUGGGUAACCAUGUGUGACCAAAAGGCCGUGAUCAAAAAUGCGGACAUGUCGGAAGAGAUGCAACAGAACUCAGUGGAGUGCGCUACUCAGGCGCUGGAGAAAUACAACAUAGAGAAGAACAUUGCGGCUCAUAUCAAGAAGGAAUGUGACAAGAAGUACAAUCCCACCUGGCAUUGCAUCGUGGGGAGGAACUUCAGUAGUUACGUGACACAUGAAACCAAACACUUCAUCUACUUCUACCUGGGCCAAGUGGCCAUUCUUCUGUUCAAAUCUGGUUAAAAGCAUGGACUGUGCCACCCACCAGUGGUCCAUCCAAAAACGAGGACUGCAGCCUAAAUUCCAAAUACCAGAGACUGAAAUUUUCAGCCUUGCUAAGGGAACACCUCGAUGUUUGAACCUUUAUUGUGUUUUAUACAGGGCAUUCUCUGUACUAGUUUGUUGUGGUUAUAAAACAAUUAGCAAAAUAGCCUACAUUUGUAUUUAUUUUCUCUUCCAUACUUCUGCCUCACGUUGUUUUCUCUUAAAAUCCAUUCCUUUAAAAAAUAAAUCUGUUG